AGCGGCAUAAAUAGAGCCAGACCACAAGUAGUCGAGAGAGAGAGCCUGGGCACUGAUUGUGAAGCCAAGAGUCUGUUGUUGCAAAGUUGAGAGUUUAUUUGUGAAACAGCUUGUGGAUUUUAAACUGCAUUAUUGAACAGCGCAAAAGCCUUGAAAGACUGUUUUGACUGCAGUAAGGAAAAUAAACGCUUACCUGAACCAGGAAAAGCUGCUUCUCGCUUCCUCUUUACAGUUAAUUAAUAAUUUUAUCACAGGGCAGCUUGAGGAAUUAAACAAUUCUCAGUAAGAAUUGAACUACUGAUAGGCAACCUCUACCAUAACCUCUACCAAGGUGAGUGAGAAAAUUUGCUAGAAGAAUUAUCAUGAAAAGUCAACAUACAGUCUUACCCAAACAUUCACCUUAUUCAAGAAUGUGUUUCACUUAAUCAUUCACCAUUGUGCCUAAAGGACUAACAGAGACAGUGAAUUCGGCUUCAGAGUUGAGAGUCCACUUUCACCUUAAUGCCAAAUUAGUGGCAAAUGGGCAUCCAAUCACCCUUACUGUCAACACCACACAUGCUCGCAGCAGGAAGAUCGCAAUACAGGCCGUGCUUAGAAAUGUCUUCAAUAAGGACACCUCGCUCUCAGACAAUGCAGCUGGAAAGGAGUCUGGAAGAUGGCCAGAGACACUAUUCUGUAUAUGCAGGGUUUCUUUUACCUAGUGCUGUCAGCAUCAGAAUUCUUGGUCUACUGAAGCAAAAGGGCCCAGAGUGGAGCUCUGCUUUGAGGGUUAGGUAUGUGGUAAAAGAGGAUUCACAAAGCAUGCAAGAGUGUCACAUGACCCAGAACCUGCACAGUGAGUCGGACCCAGUCCAGACAUACCGUAUGACACCAGCACAUGAACUCCACUGUUCCCACUUCUUCAGCCUAAACUACAAGAUUCAGUUUAGACAUGAACGGAGUCCAACCCACUUCCAGUCCUCACUUGAUAUAAGCUAUGGAAAGCAAUGGAAUCAGAGCAGCAACAAUCACAGGAUCCUCUUCAAUCAGUCACUCAGAAACCAGUCUGGACCCAGCCUCACCAGUUAUGCCAUUGAGCUCAGUCUGCGACUUCUAGACAGAGGACUGAACUACAGAACACAGCUCUCAUUUCAAGGGACAAAAAUCUGAGAGCAGCACACACCUCAAAUCAACUACAACAAUCAAAUGCCUCUGGUAGCUGGUAUACACUGG